UGCGCCGCGCGCAGCCUGGCCGCUGCCGCUGACCUCACCGCCCCUCCCCCGCCGGCUCUGACGCGGCCGUGGCUGCCACUCGGGCUCUGGCGGGCGCCAAGCUGCGGACCGGGGAUCCGGGAUCAGGGUCGGGCCUGCCCCGGGUCGGGGAGUGGUGUAAACACUCCGGAGCGUGCACCCGCGUGCGGGGCGCGCACGUGCCUCCGCGACCCCCUGCGGGCGUGGGCCGCCCCGGGCCCCGCGGAGUCCCACGUAGGCUUCCCCGCUGCGGCGCGGCCAUGGCAGGACGACGUUCGAUCUCAACUCCAGCUGUAGUUCGACGUCAUGUUUUAAACACUGUUGAGCCCGGGAGGCUGCUUGACAAAAAGCCCAGCGAGCAGGUUGAGAGGAAUAAAAGGUGUCUACACGGACAGAAAUUCAUCAGCGUGUACGAUGUCCGUGCUAAAGAGAUUUAGAAAAGAAAAAUGGGAAUUCUGCUAAGCUGCCUCCCGUCAAAAACACAAAUGCUACCUUAAAAAAUGGGGCCAGAAUCCGCCUAAACCGUGCCGGGUGUGGAAAUCUCUAGGACGCUGGGCUGCUCCGCGCUCCCUUCCUACUGUUGGUUGGCGUGUGGGAGUGGGAAUAGUAGAGACGGGAAAAGAGAUCUGUGGAGCAUUGUGGAAGGCUUAGGGUAGACCGUCCCCGGCUGAGCGCUGCACGGAGCCCGGAAUCCCAGCGCUCUCGGCGGCGGCGGCGGCGAUCACUUCUUUCCAUCCUCAGCGACAGUUUCAAUGGUUUCCUGCUGCCUAGCAGCCAGGUUAUUAACAUUGAACAGGGCUUCCCUUCUGAAUCAAACUUUGGGGGUCCAGAAUAUAUUUCAGCUGAAAGCACAGUUUUUUGUUUUUGUUGUUGUUGUUGUUGUUUGUAAUGGCUGAAAUGAGAAAUUGAGUCGUUAAGUCAUUUGAAUCCCUUCAGGGUUUAAUCUCUGCGGGCCUUUUCAGCUUUUUUAUGUGUACAGUCGAAGGAAGCUUGGAGAAGGGAAGAAGGCUGUCGUGAUAAAGGUGUGUCUACACCAUGGGACCCAUCCAACAGGAAGACCAGUUUGCUUGUUCAUUGGAUCACAUCUAAUGGAGCCAUUUGCUUAUUCAUUAAGCAUUUGUUAAGCACCUGCCCUAGGAAACAGGAAGGGCCCAGCUUGAAGGGAGAAAGGGAACCAGCCAUUUUAAGUAAGUAAACAAAGAAGACUUCAGACUGUGCAACAUGCUUUGAAGGAAGUUACCGGGAGAGGACAGAAAGUACCUGGUUGGGGGCAGGGAGAGGACCUGCUUCAGCUACAUCUGACACUCGAGCUGAGCUACCUGAGAAGUCUGAAGAAAUGCUGCUCCAGACAGGCCAGGAAUCAAUGAGUGCAAGGUUCCAGAGAUGGGAACUGCCGAGUUGAAGGCCCUUCAGCGUGCCUAGACAGCAGUCAGCAGUCAGACAGGUUCCUACAAAGCAGGGCCUCCUGGGCCAGGAUGGGUCGCUAUGAGGAUCCUGUGGGUCAGCCUGAAAGGCUGUUGGAAAGCCCACUUCUGUCAUUAGGAAUGAAUUAAUGAGCCUGAUGGAGCCAUAUCCGGAGCCUGCCCCGGAUGCACACAAAAUCUUCAACUUCAACAUUUUGAGCAAGUUACUAGUAUCUUCCUGCCUACCCACCUCUCUUUGGGGUGUGUGUGUGGUGGGGGAGUGAUGGGAUGUGUAGGUCAGGGUCUCUUGUAGCCCAUGCCAGCCUUAAACUCCAGAUCUUAUUUCACCCUCCCUAGCACUGGGAUCACAGGUGGGCACCAUUACACCCAGCAGCAGUUUGGUUUCUGAGAUGGUUCCAAAUAGCUCAUACUGACCUUGAACUCCUGUCCCCAAAUUUCAAGUGCAGGGAUUACAGGCACUACCAUAGUGGAGAUUAAAACAACCCCCAGUAGACAGGGUCUCAAUACACAGCCCCGAUUGGCCUGGAAUCUGUAAUCCCCCUCUGACUCAGCAGCGUCUCAAGAGCUAGGAGUUUUUUGAAAUAAGGUUUCUCUUGGAGGUCAAAUUACAUGUAUGCAGUUUUAUCAGUUUAUCUUUACCCUCAAAAACGAUUUAAAAAGCUAUCUCAAUUGUAAAAAGUACACAUGCAAACUUUAAAUUCAAUAUUGUAUAAAGAAUAUAAAUGUGGCUGUUUACCAGGAAAGGCAGCUUAUAUUUCUGGAGUAACAAACUUGGUCAUUGCAGUCUCAUUUGGCACUUUAGGAACUAAAUCCUGGGCCUGAAGAGAUGGCUCAGAGGUUAAGAGCACUGGCUGCUCUUCCAGGGGUCCUGAAUUCAAUUCCCAGCAUCCACAUGGCAGCUUUUGACUGUCUAUGUAACUCCAAUUCCAGGGGGUCUCACACAGACAUGCACGCAAAACACCAAUACACCAUAAACAUGAAACACAUACACCAAAACACCAUACACAUGAAAUAAAAAUUAAAACAAAACUAAAUCCCAGAGUGGAGAGAUGGCUCAGCAGUUAAGCACAUUUGCUCCCUCAGCAGAGGUCCGAGUUUAGUUCCCAGCGCCCACAAUCAGCAGCUCACGAGAAACCCGCGCCCUCUUCUGGCUUCUGCACUUAUGCGCACAUACCCCUUACCACGUAAAUAGCGAGUUCCAAACCAGUCAGUUGCAAGUUGAGAGGUGAGAUCUUGUCUCAAAAAUACCCUCUAAACCCAACACACACCCAAAGAAAACCACCACCAAUAACAACACCACCAACAAAAUGCCCUCAGUAUGUUUGAAUGAUCUGGGCCAUCUAUCUAGUUCCUCAAAUUUUUCCUUUUAAGAACCAAAACCAAUUGAAAUAUUGGUAUUGACAUUCGCUGAGGUCUGUUCCAUUCAGCGGAGGUUAGGGAGAUGCAUGAGGGAAUGAAGGCGUGGGGUGACGAAGGAGAACGAGUAGAAAGGGGCGGGGCGGGGUCCAGAGGCAAGUGGCGAUCGCAGCUGCACCCCGAGUUUGGGGCCGGGGACCUGGGAUUGAGGCCCGGGCUCUCCCAGAACCCGCAGAAAGCAGGUAGAGAUGCAUCAAAGAAGGAGAGAAGUCGACCCAGACAGGGAAUGCCCGCGGGAAUAGAUUCUACAGCGACCAGCUGGGAUCCGCCGCUGGCCGUAGGAGACAGGGUGCCUGGAGCGAGGGCCAAUAGGAGAGCGAGCCAGAAGAGGGGCGGGGUGAGGCCAAUGGAAGUACGGCCUUGGGCGCAAGGCCAAGGGGAGGACGAGCUAGACUGGGGGCGGGGCCUCUGGGGCGAAGCCAAUGGUAGGGAGAGCGGCCUGGGAACGCGUGGCCAAUGGCAUGGCGAGCUGGAUGGGGGCGUGGCCUCUGGGGCGAAGCCAAUGGCUGGGAGUGCGGCUUGGGCGAGGCCAAUAGCUGGGAGAGCCCCGGAGCGCGGGGGUGGGGGAGGAGCCAGACCCGGAAGGCGGUGGGGGCGGGGAGCCAAGCUGACAACCUGUCAAGUCCACUUCGGGACGAACUAGGUCACGCGCCUCUUGUAGCUCCGGCGCCCCCGCCCCGCGAGGCCCUGCGGGUGGCCCUGGGGCCCAGCCGCUCCGCUUCCUCUUCCUGCCCGCGGCGGUGGGGGCGGGGCGGGCACCUGCCGUCCGCAGGCCCGCUCCAACCCCUGGGCUGCCCGAGGCCGCCUCGCUCGCGGGCCCGCGCGCGCCCCGAUCCGCUGGGAGCCGGCUCCGCGGUCUCCGACGCUGGCCGUGGGCUCGCGGAAGCGCACAGCGCACUACUUGACGCGGAAGGAUCCGGCACCCGCGGUCACCUGUCCUCCACUCGAAUCCGACCUCGGCCGAAGGGCCCGCGACGACGAUCGUCCGCCCCACGGAGAAGUCCUAGUGAUUCUGACCCGCGCCGCCAACCUCACAAUGGCGCGGACAUCCUGGCACUGUCACGAAGCGCCCCUUACGCUUCUGCGCCCAGAGCUUUUCUGCCGAGGGGACCGCGGCGGGACCCUUCUCCCCACUCGCCUAUUCAGAUGAUGCGAACGUCCCCACACGACACCAUGACGCUGUUUUAACAAUGCCCAACUCUGUUCUUCCAAACUGCACACACUUAGAGGUGACAUGGCCACAGUUGCUGGGUUGCGGUGCUACGCUGGGUUACUGCACUUACUAUUUGAAAUACUCCCUUACAACAGCGGAACGACAGAUUAAAAACAUUUAAUUUUCGUUCGAGCACAGCACUUUAGCCAAUGAAUAUUUUGUGAACAUUUCUAUCCAAUAUCCCUAGAUUUAAAAAAAUUUAUUUUAAAGUUUUUAAAAUUACCAAAUAAUUAAUCAGUAAAGUAGUUUUGUUGUCUUUAAAUUCCAGCCUUUAUUGAAAUGUUUUUUAGCCUCCUGACAGGGGUGUGAGGCCACAUUAUUUGCAAUAUGUAUCGAUGUAAAUUUUGUACACUUGCAAUUUCACAUUUAAAAUAGCCUUUAUAAAGUUCUCUCUUGGAGCCCCUCUCUUGAGAUUCUAUAACUUCUAUACAUCUUAAAUUUGGAUAAAAAUAGUUUUUAAAUUAAAGAUAGAAAAUGAGCUUAUUCAAUUAGCAUCUUUACAUUUGAAGAAUGGUCUUUCAUAUUUAUUAUUUUGUAACGGUACUACCUAUACAAGGUAUAAAUGGAAGUCCUACCUUGUUAAAAAUUAAAAUCUAACGAGACAGGC